UGACUGCAUUCAGGAGACUUCGAAUUUUCACGCUUUAUUUAUUCGUAUUGUCACUGCUAUCAUUAUUGAAGGAGGCUCCUUAUGAACUUAUGCUGUUGUCAUGUGGAGCAUCUCCCCAACUCUCAUUUAGCGGACUGUCAGCAGAAGAUUUGUCAUCCUUGAAGCUCCACAGAAAGAAAACAUUUCCAAGCCAGCCUCUGAAAAGACUGCUGCAGAAGUUCUGAUCAUGGAUAAGAUUGCUAAAGACGUAGGUGAUAUCCAGUCCCGACUUCUGGAUCAUCGACCGGUCAUCAAUGCAGAGAUCCGCUACUUUGUGAGAGAGUUCGAGGAGAAACGUGGAUACAGAGAGGGCCGACUGCUGGACAACGUCAAUAAAAUGGUGCUGGAGGCAAAGGACCAAAUGCUUCCUGCAGAUUUGGAUACCAUCAGCCAGCAGCUGUCUGGUGUUCUUAAAAGAUUGGAGGCUGCAAAUCAUAUGGCACAGAGGGUCCAGCAGAGGGAGCUAGAGGCUCAGCAGAGCACCCAGGUGCAGACGAACAUGGAGCAGCUGAAAGAGGACUGGGCCGAGUUCCUGAGGGAGCAGCAGAGGUUGAAGGAAGAGGUGGACGAGGAGCACGCCAAGGCCGUAGGUCGACUGAGCGCCGAGUACAGCGAAAAGAAGAAGGACCUGGAGAAGCUGUCGUCUAUCUGAUGAUGAUGAUGUGAAGCCUUUUGUUCCAGACACAGACGCCUGUUUUGAGUGUGCAAAGCAAAGACAGUGGCCUCGCUCUGUGUACUUGAAAUGUGGUCCGGUGCAGAGAAGAACUUCAGGCUUUCUGCUCCCCACAAGACUGAACAGUUUCCCAAUCAUAACAGUAAAAGUGUGAUUAACAACUCGGCAUUUUCACAAGUCAUCACGGCUCGCCGUUUUCUGUCCUCGGCCAAUGGAAUAUACACAGCAUUUUUUAAAACGGUCUGGAAUAUGUCAUUUUCAAACAGGUAAUCGUUUGAUUGUUGCUUGGCUGUGAAGUUUUAAACCUGUCAGGGUUUUUAAUGGACGUCUGCCUGACGGGUUGUGAUGAUAAAUUAGCGUCACGCUGACAGGAUCCUUAAGUUUGGCGCCCAGGUGAGGUUUCUCACGCGCUGGAGUAACAUCGUUAAAGGUUAGGAAAGCUGUUCUGAGAAGGUGUGUUUAAAGCACGGCUCAGAUGUUGCAGAGACACGCUCAAACAGAAUCCAAAAGAAAGCGUCCUUCGCCAACUCUCCAGUGUUUGUGACAUUUGACCUCUGACUUUAACUUCAAGUAAACCAGCUUUCAUUAUGAAAGACAUUUUGCAGAAACCAGAUUGGAUGCUAAGCAGCAGAUGUUUUGCAUUUGCUUUCCCACCUCUAAUUUAAUUUCACUGAGUCACAUGUCCAAAAUUUUGAAAGCAGUUUAUACAGAAACAAGUUGCGGUUGGGUUUUCUGGUGAGAUUUUUGUCCUAAUCAUUGAAACAAGCUUUCAGUAGUCAUCCUGCCUCGUCUCUUUAACUCCUUCAUGGUUUCCAUAUACUAUGUAAAGCUCACUAACCUGUGGUUGAAGCCUCUGUAGUCGAUAUUAAACAUGUAUAAUGAAUGAAUGAAUGA